UUCAUUUCAGUGUUUUUUUCUCGCGGCACUCGAAUUGUUUCCGUAGACCUAGUUUUGUCACUACCGGCCGGCAACAUGAGUGUAACUUCGACGGCGGACGUAGUGGUUUUGCUGGAGGAGUUAACGUCAAAGUUGAUAUUUUUCGGAAACAACACGUUGGACAGUGUCUUGAACGAAUUUUGGCAAGACUUCUCGUGUGCCAUUCAAUUCGAACCCGACCUAUUUAUCGAUAAAGACAAGACUCUGGCGAAACGGAGUCUGGCCGCUUUGUUUACAAGUAAAGUAUACUUGCACGUCGAUUCGUUACCAAAUUCUUUGCGAUACGCUUUAGCUGCCAGCGAUAUGAUCAACAUGGAAGCUUGCGAUGUAUACACCCAGAAAAUCAUCGCCAAGUGUCUCGAACACUACACCAAAGUCUGCGUGAAAGGUUCUGAAAACACAACUCCCCUGUUGGCCUCAGAUGUGCGUUUGGAAGAUGUUGUGAGCUGUAUCUUUCGAAAGUGUUUAGACGACAAGCAUUACAUACUUGCAUUGAAAUUAGCCUUGAGAACAAAGCGCAUGGAUAUGUUCAACAAAUGUAUUAAAUCAGUAGACAAUGUAAAUGAAAUGUUGUUAUAUGCUAAGCAAGUGACUAUGAGCACUUUUGAAAAUCGUAGUUUUCGUAAUACAGUGUUACUGUCUCUUGUCAAUCUUUACCGAAAACAAAGUGACUUUAUCAGUUUGAGUCUAUGUUUCGUAUCUUUAAAUGACCCAAAAUCAGUUGCUCAGCUUCUUAAAAAUCUUAUUAAAAAAAAUGAUAAAAAAUCUUGUUUAAUGGCAUAUCAAAUUGCAAUUGAUUUAUUUGAAUUGGCAACUCAACGGUUUUUGUUUAGUGUUCUUAAAUCUUUAUGGCAAAAAAUUCCUUCUAGUACUCGUACUACUAAAACUAUAACUGUUGUGUCGAGCAAAGUUACUGCAAUUGAACAUAAUACUAAGAUACAUUCUUUUGAAUCUCUUGGGCCUAAUGAUAAACAUCAUCAAGAGAUGAUACAAAAGCUUACCAAAGUGUUGAGUGGAAAAUUAAGUAUAGAGAAGAAUUUACAAUUUUUAACUAGAAAUAAUCAUACAAAUAUGUAUAUUUUAAAUAACACAAGAGAUUCAGUUUAUACAAAUAUCUGUCAUACGGCUAUUAUGAUUGCUAAUGGUUUUAUAAAUAGUGGUACAACAAGUGAUCACUUUUUAAGAUAUAAUCUGGAAUUAGCCAACUGGACUACUUGGGAAAUAUUUUCCGCUAUGGUUUCACUUGGUGUUAUUCAUAGAGGCAAUGAAACAGAUGCUCUGAAACUAAUACACAGCUACUUGUGUCUCAAGAAAAAUAACUCAUCUGAAAGUUCUAGUUAUAGUAAAGGCGGGAGCCUAUAUGCUUUAGGUUUGAUCUUUGCUAAUCAUGGUGCAGCUAUUAAUGAUUAUCUUCUUAAACAACUCAAAGAUGCACAUAAUAAGAUUGUGAAACAUGGAUGCUGCUUAGGAAUUGGUCUAUCCGCUAUGGGCACAUGUCGUAAAGAUAUUUUUGAACAACUGAAAAUUAAUAUGUAUCAAAACAACUAUGUGUUUGGUGAAGCUAAUGGGUUAGCAAUGGGCUUGGUUAUGCUGGGAACAAAAAAUGACGAAGCUCUUCAAGACAUGGUGGCAUUUGCUGAGGUGACACAGAACGAACAAAUAUUGAGAGGUUUAGCUGUUGGAAUAUCAUUUUUUAUGUAUGACCGACUGCAAGAAGCUGAUCAAUUAAUUACUUCUUUGUUACAAAACAAAAAUCCUAUAUUACGUUGUUCUGCUAUGUACACAAUAUCUAUGGCAUACUGUGGAACUGGAAGCGAGACUGCUAUUACAAAAUUGUUACACUUUUCAAAUUCUGAUGUCAGUGAUGAUGUACGAUGCGCAGCUAUUACAAGCUUAGGAUUUUUGUUGUUCAGGACACCUGAGCUGUGUCUUCAAAUCCUCAGCAAACUUACAAAGAGUUAUAACCCUUACAUUAGAUAUGGUGCAGUUAUGGCACUUGGUAUUGCUUUUGCUGGUACCGGACACGAAGAGGCUAUUCAUUUAUUAGUUCCAAUGACUAAUGACUUGGUAAAUUUUGUGCGCCAAGGAGCUUUAAUUGUUUCUUCUAUGAUUUGUAUUCACCAAACACAGAGUUCUUGCUCUGAAGGCAGAUAUUUCCGUUCUGUAUAUGCUAAAGUGAUCAGCGAUAAGCAUGAAGAUGAUGUGGUUAAGUUUGGAGCUAUUUUAGCUCAGGGUAUUAUUGAUGGUGGUGGUCGUAAUGUUUCAAUUUCAUUGGAGUCAAAAAUUGGGCACACUAAUAUUUUAACAAUUGUUGGUCUACUUUUGUUCACACAAUAUCAGUACUGUAUAUGUCUGGCCCAUUGCUUAACUUUAGCUUUCACACCCACUUGUGCCAUUACAUUGAACACACAACUUAAUAUGCCAGUUUUAGAGUUAAAAAGUAGUAAACGAAUCAAUCAUACAAUAUGUUACAACUCAUUACCUCAAGAACUUGCAGAAAAAAGAGGAUGGAUCCAGUACUUAUUCAAUCAAAAUUUUAAGUCAAAGUCUAAUAAACGCCGUAGAAAGCACUCAAAACUUGAUUAUUUUGAUUACAGUGUUCUGAUUCCUAAAAUUGUACAAGAUAUAGAAGACAUAAAAUUGAAUUGGUUAACUGGUCAUUUUUUAUUACAAAGAAUAAAUUGUUCUGAAAGCUACAAAGGUAUUAAAUGUUUACAGUAUGAUGAGAAUAAAAUUGUUGCUGGCUUAUCUGAUAAUACUAUACAAAUCUGGGAUAAACGCACGUUAAAAUGUUUAAAGGUAUUACUUGGCCAUAUAGGUCCUGUUCUGUGUUUGCAGUAUGAUGACAACAUGAUAGUGAGUAGUUCCAGUGAUUGUACAAUUCGCAUAUGGGAUAUCCAUACUGGUGAAAUGUUGAACACUUUGAUUCAUCAUACUGAAGAAGUAUUGCAUUUAAGUUUUAACAAUAGUAUGAUCGUCACUUGUUCAAAAGAUUGUUCAAUAGCUGUAUGGGUUAUGUGGUCACCAUGUGAAAUUACUUUACGUUGUGUUCUGUUUGGUCACCAAGCCGAAGUAAAUGUAGUUAAUUUUGAUCAUAUUUACAUUGUAUCAGCUUCUGAAGAUAGUAGUAUUAGAGUAUGGAAUACAUCAAACUGUGAAUAUGUGCGCACUCUUAUUGGUCACACUUCUGGUGUUAUCUGUCUUCAUUAUAAAGACCGAUUAAUUGUUAGUGGAAGUUCUGAUAGAACUAUAAGGUUAUGGGAUAUUGAAUAUGGUAUUUGUUUAAGAAUACUGGAUAACUAUGAAGAAUUGAUAUUACGCAUUAGAAUCAACAGUAAAAUAAUUGUUACUGGAGCAUGUGACGGGAAAAUUAAAAUAUGGGAUUUAGAAGCAGCAUUAGACCCCAGAGUUCCAGCAUCUAGUCUAUGUCUACGUACACUUAAGAUGCACACAGAUGCAGUGUAUGAUCUUAAAUUUGACGAGUUCCAAAUUGUAAGUUGUUCAAAAGAUGGUACUAUACUCAUUUGGGAUUUUCUCAACUAUAAUGAUCCAAAUUACAUGGAGGCAUGUUCAUCAAAAAAUGUUAGCAUGCAUAGUGGUUCUGAAAUACUUGCUACAAAUAUUCCUCCUUCACAAUUAUUUUUAGGUUUUCAAUGACUUGAAUAUUUCCCAGUUAAUUUUUUAAGUAGAAUUAAUACAAUAUAGGAUUAGUUGUAAAUAGC